AAAGUUUGACGUAACUUCUCUUUCUUUCUCAGCCGAGUGGAGGGAGCCAAAUUUCUUUUGGAGAAGGUGACAACAGCUUCCAAAAGAAAGCUAGCAGCCACGCAGAGGUGGCUAAGCAACGCGAGCUCAGUGGAACCCAGGAGACAUUUGAGGAGCAACCUCGACGUCCAAUGUCUAAUGCCAAGGCGAAAGAAAUGUGCGGAAGCAAUAUCUUUGGACCACCAACAUCCGAGCUUGCCAGUUUAUUCUUUACCUGUGUUGGGGUGUUGGGGGAUGCAGUACUCUUCCCAAGGCCAGCGGACACACAACCAAAAGGCAGCAGAGAUGACUGGAAACGACAUCUUCAAGAAAGGUGGCUAUGGAACUCCUGUGGAGAAGUCUCUCAGCGACGCUAAGCGAAGAGAAAUGAUCGGGAGUGACAUUUUCUCCGAGGAGAAGCCUCCGCCAUCGCAGCAGAGUGUCAGCAACCGUAUCAGGAAGCCACCAGGUGGACCAAGCACCAUUGUACUCGGUUAGCUGCGGGGUUUUUUUUCGGUUUUUAUCUUCUUUUUACUUGUGUCCUUCGCCUUUUGAGAGGAAUCACUCACGCGUUUGGCCUGCAGGGGCAUUAUUUGAAUCCCAUUGUGUUAACUCCAGCCUCUUUGUGCAUACAUACACAGCUGGAUGGAUUCUUCUUUGGGGCGCAUGGGUUUCUCGCUUGGUACUCACUCUGGUGAUGCUGCAGAUGUUGUUGCUAGGAUUAAGCAGCUGAGGGGAAGCAAUCCUGUUCAACACGACGAGAACGCGACCCCUGAAGGUUUAAACAAGAUCCCAGGUGGAAAAAAGAUUUUUUCGGUUAAGUUCUCCGUUUUGUCGGCUCGCUCUUAUCAGUUACUUACAGACGUGUAUGCAGAUAAGCACUUA